UCCGUUUGUCACCAGCUCUUUAGCGAUUGGCUCUAAACACUGUAAAUCUCGUAUGUGAUUGGCUUGUCCAACGCCUACAAUUGUAGUUACGAUUUGUCGUGUUUAAUAAGGCACAGCCCCUGUUAUUAAUGUUAUCUCUUUAAACGUCUUUCUUUUUUCUAAAUACAGAUUUAUUUUCCACAUUUAAUUUUAAACGCGGAUAUGCGUUUCGGGAUUUUAUACAACUGAAAACUAUUAGAUUGUAUGAAUGUAUUUAUAGGUUUUGCUUGGAUCCGGGUACAGGUCUCCUAGCAACAGGUAAAGCGUAUUUUGUAGAAGACGGGUGCAUCUGAUUUUAGAUUUUAUUUAAGCAAGCAGCGCCUUCCAUAAAAAUGAGCCGCCUGUACGACACCAUUGAGCCCAGUGUUGUGGAUGAGGAGAUGCUGAAGAAGGCAGUGGAGGAGCAGGGGCCUAAGGACCAGGCAGGGCGCAUAGCCAAGGAAGAGGGUAUUCACUUCCGAGAUGUCACACAGCUGCGCCUGGACUUCAAGAACAUCCUGAAGAUCGAUAAUUUAUGGCAGUUCACUACCUUGACCAAACUACAACUGGACAAUAACAUAAUUGAGAAGAUCCAGGGACUGGACAGUUUGAUCAACUUGGUAUGGCUGGAUCUCUCGUUUAACAACAUCGAGGUGAUAGAGGGUCUCGAUGCUCUUGUGAAACUGGAGGACCUGAGCUUGUACAACAACAGAAUCUCUGAAAUUGCAAACAUAGACACCCUGUAUAACCUGCAGGUUUUAUCCAUCGGGAACAACAGCUUGGACCAGCUGGAAAACCUUAUCUAUUUGCGAAGGUUUAAAAGGCUGCGUUCAUUGAACCUGGCUGGGAACCCCAUUUAUGAGGAUGAGAACUAUAAAAUGUUUAUUGCUGCCUACCUACCUGAACUAGUCUACCUGGAUUUCAGACUAGUGGAUGAAAACACAUGUGAGGUUGCUAACCUGCAGUACCAGUAUGCCAUUGACGAAAUUAAACACAAUGAGAAUAUGGCACAGAGAAAACUUACUGAAGAGUUGCAGAAGCAGGAGGAACUAGAACUGCACAAGGCUGCCUAUGUGGAGUUCCUGAACGGAUCAUUCCUUUUUGACAGCAUGUAUUCUGAGGAUCCAGAAACAGCUAAACUGGCAUACCUCCCUGGAGUGCAUCUGCUGCUGGAAUCCUACAAGAGUAAGUUUGUUGCGAUCUGCCAGCAGAUCUUUGAAAACGGGCUAAAGCAGCAGGUGAAGAGAGAGGCGGAGGUAGCAUCCUUCUUUGAGUGCCUCAGAGAAGCAAUAGAGAGCAACCAGGAUAAGGGAUCAGAGAAAGUGGCAGGAUUUGAGGAGAAAAAGAGAGAGAUUUUCAGUGAACUGCAUCAGUUGACUGACAUGUCGCUGCUGGAGACCCGCAUUGCUCAGUAUAACAAGGAGAUCAAUGAGCUGUGUGAUUCCCUCAUGAUGCUGGAGCUGCAACUGUUGGACCAGCUUGAGGACAUAAUCAAGGACUUUGAAAGAAACAUCUCGGACAUGAUGACUGGCUUCAUUGAAUUUGUUCAGGGGAUGAUCUCUCAAUGCAGAGACCUGGAGAACAACCACCAUGAGAAGCUGCUGGAGAUCGCCAUCAACACGCUGGAGAAGGUGUUGAAGAAUGAGUUUGUUGAGGACGUUCCUGAUGAAGUCCGAAUGCUGUUUGUUGAUAAAGACACUGUUGUUAAUGCUGUCAGUGCAUCGCAUGACAUCCAUCUACUGAAGAUUGAUAACAGAGAAGAUGACUUGAUUACACGGGCCAAUGGAUGGACCACUGCUCUAGUGGAGAAGGUGCACAGUGAUGAAGUGAAACGGAACCGCAAGCGGAUUUCAGAGAUCAACAUCUACAUCGACUACCUGCGGGAUGAGAUGGAGAACCUGGACCUUCCUGAUUCCGUGUAGAAUCUGUCCUGGAAUGGACCUUUUCAGAACACUAAUCCUAUAAAACAUUAAUCCACAGAUGACUUUGUAAAACACAUUUCUUAUUCCAAGACAGAACUUUGUUGGAGAUUAUAUUAUAUUUGGUUUCUGAACUACUUUUAUUAAAGUACAUGGUUUGUUUAGUUUCUAUAAUCCCUCCUAAAUGUGACAGUAUGCAUUUAAGCCACAUACAUUUGUUUGAAAUAAGUGCUAUCUGAAAAUGU